GAAAGUUGAGCAGAGCAGGGAUGAGGAAAGAGCUGUGCUGUGAGGGAGAGACACAGUGAGUUUUACCAUUCUCAUCCUCUGGAAUGCAUCAGCUCCUCUAACUUAUCUGUGCAAAGUCAACACGCAACUGGAUGCGCACGAGCAGACUGCAGAAGUUACGAUGCGCAUCUAUUUAUAGCAGCUCAACGAAACGUUUGAGUGACUUUUCCUCUUCUGCGCAGUUUUUCCUCUAAACGUUUAUUCAGCAAUACCUGCAAGUGAGAGUAAAGUAGUCCUCUGUCGGGUCUGAGGCGAAUCUCCUGUUCGGGAGACAAGCUUUGACUCCAGACUGCAGAGGUCGACGGAGCUGGGGAACUAGUUGCAGGAGACUUUUACUCUUCCGAGCACUGGAGUUGUAUACACUUGAGAGUGGAUAUGCCGGACAGUAAGUGUAGAGGACGGCUGCUGCAGUUGGCCGUGGCUCUGGUGGCCUUGCUGUCGCUCUGCGCCGAGCUUGGAGGCGCUGCAGAGGUGGUGGAGACCGGAGACAGCGAGCUGGUGACAAAGCAGACCGACUCCAGAGCCAGCAGGGCCAAAAGGAGGGGAGGGUCGGACGUCCUCAGAGGACCAAAUGUGUGUGGCUCAAGGAACAACGCCUACUGCUGCCCCGGCUGGAAGACUCUGACUGGAGGAAACCAGUGCAUUGUUCCAAUCUGCCGGAGUUCAUGUGGAGACGGUUUCUGCUCCAGACCCAACAUGUGCACCUGCCCCAAUGGCCAGAUCGCCCCAUCCUGUGGCUCCAAGUCAGUCCAGCACUGCAAUAUUCGGUGUAUGAACGGGGGAACAUGUUCUGAGGACAACUGCCAGUGUCAGAAAGGCUACGUGGGAAACCACUGUGGGCAACCGGUUUGUGAAAAUGGCUGUCUUAAUGGAGGAAGAUGUGUGGCUCCCAACAGAUGUGUGUGUACCUACGGCUUCACCGGGGCUCAGUGUGAGAGAGAUUACCGUACUGGGCCGUGCUUCGCCUCGGUGCAUAACCAGAUGUGUCAAGGCCAGCUCACAGGCAUUGUGUGCACAAAGACUUUGUGCUGCGCCACAGUGGGACGGGCGUGGGGUCACCCCUGUGAGAUGUGCCCAGCCCAGCCUCACCCCUGCCGAAGAGGGUUCAUACCAAACCACCGCACUGGGGCGUGCCAAGAUGUGGAUGAGUGCCAGGCCAUCCCUGGCAUCUGCCAAGGAGGAAACUGUAUCAACACCGUGGGAUCCUUUGAAUGUAAAUGCCCCGCUGGGCACAAGUUCAACGAGGUCUCACAGAAAUGUGAAGAUCUGGACGAGUGUGCAAACAUUCCAGGUCUCUGUGGUGUAGGUGAAUGCUCUAAUACUGCUGGCAGCUACAUCUGCAAGUGUCCCCAGGGAUUUUACACCUCUUUGGAUGGAUCCAGGUGUAUAGAUGCUCGCGGUGGGUACUGCUACGCUAGCCUGCUCAACGGGCGCUGCGCCAACCAAAACUCGCAGCUGUUGACCAAAAUACAGUGCUGCUGUGAUAGCGGACGCUGCUGGUCUGAUGGAUCCACCCCUGAAAUGUGCCCCAUUCGUGGAACAGAGGAGUACCAGAAACUGUGCAUCCAGAUACCUGAUGGGAAUGGUGGAGUGCUGGUACCUGGUCGCGUCCCAGGGAGUCCCGAGUUACCUGGCAUCUACCCACUUCCAUAUCCUGGUCAAACUCCUGGGCAAGUUCCUGGUCAAAUUCCCAUUCAGGUUCCUGGCCAAGUACCAGGUCAGAUUCCUGGACAGAUUCCAGGCCAUGUCCCAGGCCAGAUCCCAGGGCAAGUCCCAGGACAAUAUCCAUAUCCAGGACUACCCAUACAGCCUCCUCCACCAGGUCCCCCUAUUAUCCAAACCCAGAACAUCACCAACAUGUGCCAGGCCUACCGCAACCUCUGCCUGAAUGGCAGAUGUAUCCCCAUGCCUGGCAUUGGAUAUCGCUGUGAGUGCAACAUGGGCUUCAGGUUGGAUGGACGAGGAGAGUGCAUUGAUGAUGAUGAAUGUGAGAGAAACCCAUGUGCACACGGAGAAUGUGUGAACACCCCUGGGUCUUACAUCUGUCAGUGUCCUCCUGGAUUUCAGACGACUGCAACCAGGACAGAGUGCCGAGAUCUGGAUGAGUGUGUGGCCAACGGUCGUAUCUGCAACAACGGCCGCUGUGUGAACACCGAGGGCAGCUUCCACUGCGUCUGCAAUGCUGGAUUUGAGAUUACAGCAGAUGGCAAAAACUGUCAAGACCAGGAUGAGUGUCUGAUCAGGAACAUGUGCCUCAAUGGGCUGUGUAUAAAUGAAGAUGGCAGCUUCAAAUGCAUCUGUAAACCUGGAUUCCUGCUUGACACCAGUGGACGCAUGUGUGUAGACAUUGACGAGUGUGAGACUCCAGGCAUGUGUAUGAACGGCCACUGCCUCAACACAGAGGGAUCCUUCCGCUGUGAGUGUAUGGCUGGAAUGGCAGUGGGCCUGGAUGGACGGGUCUGUGUUGACACACAUAUGCGCAGUUCAUGUUAUGGUGGCUACAAGCGAGGGCAGUGUGUUAGGCCUUUAUUUGGAGCUGUGACCAAGUCGGAGUGCUGCUGUGCCAGCACAGAGUACGCCUACGGAGAGCCCUGCCAACCCUGCCCGCCACAAAGCUCUGCUGAGUUCCUGGCGCUGUGCCCCAAUGGCAUUGGCCUAAGCGGAGAUGCCAGAGAUAUUAACGAGUGUGCCCUCGACCCUGACAUCUGCCAGAAUGGGGUGUGUGAGAACAUGCUGAGGACAUACAAAUGCACCUGCAAUGUGGGCUUUGAGGUAGACCUGUCGGGCAAAAACUGUGUUGAUAUUGAUGAGUGUCUGAUGAACCGGCAGCUGUGUGAAAACGGUUUGUGCAGGAACACACCAGGCAGUUUCACCUGCCAGUGUCCUAAAGGAUACCUCUUUAAUCCUGACACAGACGUCUGCGAGGAUGUGGAUGAGUGUCUGUCCAGCCCCUGUGUUAAUGGAGACUGUAGAAACAGCCCAGGGUCCUUUGUGUGUUUGUGUUCAACCGGCAGUUCGCUUGACAGCACUGGGUUGGAGUGUAUAGAGACUACUAAGAGCACCUGCUGGCUGAAGAUCAUUAAUAAUCGCUGUGAGGUCAACAUUAACGGAGCUACACUGAAGUCCCACUGCUGCGCCACACUGGGAGAAGCCUGGAACAGUCCCUGUGCAAAAUGUGAAAAAGAUAAAAUUUGUGGUAAAGGCUUUGCUAGAGUCAAAGGAAAUGUCUGUGAAGAUGUGGAUGAAUGUCAAGUGUUCCCUGGAGUGUGUAUCAACGGCAAAUGCGUCAACACACCGGGCUCCUUUUUCUGCCAGUGUCCUCCGGGAAUGACUGUUGAUGUCAGCGGCAGGACGUGCAUUGACCUGCGUAUGGAGCACUGUUACCUUACUCAUGAUGAUGAGCGCUGUGGGGCUGCGAUCCCAGGGAAGCAGCGUGUGGACGCCUGCUGCUGCUCAGUGGGUGCAGCCUGGGGCCCUGAAUGUGACGAAUGUCCGGAAAAGGGCACUCCAGAAUAUGCCCAGCUCUGUCCUCGUGGCCCAGGCUUCUCGCAUAGAGGCGACUUCAUCAACGGCAGACCCUUCCUCAAAGAUAUAAAUGAAUGCAGGAUGAUCAACACCUUGUGCACAAAUGGAAGGUGUAGAAACACCAUCGGCAGCUUCCGUUGUCGCUGUGAUAACGGCUACGCUCUGGACUCUGAUGAGAGGAACUGCACUGACAUCGACGAAUGCCGCAUCUCUCCGGACCUGUGCGGACAGGGCAGGUGUGUCAACACACCAGGAGAUUUUGAAUGCGAGUGCUUCGAAGGUUACGAGAGUGGCUUCAUGAUGAUGAAAAACUGCAUGGACAUCGAUGAGUGCGAGAGGAACCCUCUGCUGUGCCGUGGAGGUGACUGUGUAAACACAGAGGGCAGCUUCCAGUGUGUGUGCCCCGAGGGACACGAGAUUGCACCCGAUGGGUCGGCCUGUCUAGACAUCAAUGAAUGUGAACUAAGUGACAGACUGUGCAAGAACGGCCAAUGUGUCAAUAUGAUCGGCCGCUACCAGUGUACCUGCGACACAGGAUACAAAUCUACAGAGAACAGACUGGAGUGUGUUGACAUCGACGAAUGUACCAUUGAGAAUGGCGGCUGUGAGACUUUCUGUACAAACUCAGAAGGAAGCUACGAGUGCAGCUGCCACAGUGGAUACGCCCUGAUGCCUGAUCUGAGAAGCUGCACUGAUAUUGAUGAGUGCGAGGAGAGCCCAGACAUUUGUGAUGGAGGCCAGUGUACCAACACCCCCGGGACUUACCAGUGUCUGUGCUUUGACGGUUUCAUGUCAUCUGAGGAUAUGAAGACCUGCCUGGAUGUGGAUGAGUGUGAUCUGAAUCCAAACAUCUGUCUGAGUGGAAACUGUGAGAACACGAAGGGAUCCUUCAUCUGUCACUGUGACCUGGGAUACUCUGUCCGCAAGGGAACCACAGGCUGCACAGAUGUCAAUGAGUGUGAGAUCGGAGCCCAUAACUGCGACAGACACGCCACCUGCACCAACACAGCUGGUGGCUUCAAGUGCAACUGUGCUCCAGGAUGGAUUGGCAACGGCCUCAAAUGCACAGACCUGGAUGAGUGCUCCAAUGGGACGCACUUGUGCAGCAACAACGCUGACUGUGUCAACACAAUGGGCUCGUAUCGCUGUGCGUGCAAGGAUGGGUUCUCUGGAGAUGGAUUCUACUGCUCAGACAGCGAUGAGUGUGCAGAGAACAGCAACCUGUGUGAGAGUGGCCACUGUCUGAACCUGCCAGGAGGCUUCCGCUGUGAAUGUGACAUGGGCUUCAUCCCCACUCCUGAUGGCAAGGCCUGCGAGGACAUAGACGAAUGUACCUUUGCUGACAUCUGUGUCAAUGGACGCUGCCAGAAUAUCCCAGGACUUUUUAGAUGUGAAUGUAACAUUGGUUAUGAACUGGACAGGAGUGGAGGAAACUGCACAGAUAUUAAUGAAUGUGCAGAUCCAACCAUCUGCAUAAAUGGAAUGUGUGUCAACAUCCCUGGAAGCUACCACUGUAACUGCCCUCCAGACUUUGAGCUCAACCCCACCCGGGUGGGCUGUGUAGACACUCGCUCUGGAAGUUGCUUCCUGGAUGUUCGUUCCCGAGGAGAUGCAUCAGAGAGCUUGGACUGUUCUAAUGAGAUUGGAGUUGGUGUCUCCAAGGCAUCCUGCUGCUGCUCCCUGGGCAAGGGCUGGGGAAAUCCAUGCGAAUCAUGCCCCUUUGUCAACUCAACUGAGUACAAGACGCUGUGUCCCGGAGGAGAAGGCUUCAGACCAAACCCCAUCACUGUCAUCUUGGAAGACAUCAAUGAGUGCCAGGAGCUGCCAGGCUUGUGCCAGGGAGGACAGUGCAUCAACACCUUUGGCAGCUUCCAGUGUGAAUGUCCGAGAGGCUACACCCUCAACACAGAGACCAGAGUGUGUGAAGAUAUUGAUGAGUGUGAUCGACCAGGCAUCUGUGGCCCAGGCCAGUGCUACAACACCAUUGGGAACUACACCUGUAUCUGCCCUGUGGACUACAUGCAGGUCAAUGGAGGGAACAACUGCAUGGACAUGAGGAAGAGCUACUGCUACAGGAAUUUCUACUCUGACAACGGCACGUGUGACGGAGAGCUGACCUUUAACAUGACCAAAAAGAUGUGCUGCUGCUCCUACAACAUUGGCCGUGCAUGGAAUAAACCCUGUGAGCAGUGUCCUGUGCCCAGCACUGAUGAGUUUGCAGUCCUGUGCGGCAGUGAGAGACCAGGAUAUUACAUUGACAUCACCACUGGGCGGGUCAUUGAUAUUGAUGAGUGCAGGGAAAUCCCAGGAGUUUGUGAGAACGGAGUGUGUAUCAACAUGAUCGGCAGCUUUAGGUGUGAGUGCCCCAUUGGCUUUAUCUACAAUGACAAGCUGCUGAUCUGCGAAGAUAUUGAUGAAUGUCAGAAUGGACCAGUGUGCCAGCAGAAUGCAGCCUGUCUGAACAUGCCAGGAAGCUACCGCUGCGAGUGUAAACCUGGAUAUCGCUUCACCCCCACUGGACAAUGUUUAGACCGUAAUGAAUGCAUUGAGAACCCUGGUAUAUGCAAUCCUGGUCAGUGCAUUGACACACUGGGGAGCUACCGCUGCCUCUGCCCCAAUGGCUUCAAAACAACACGGGACCAGUCAAUGUGUGUCGACGUGGACGAGUGUGAGAGACAACCCUGUGGCAACGGGACCUGUAAGAACACAGUGGGCUCCUACAACUGCCUCUGCUACCCCGGCUUUCAGAACUCACACAACGGCGACUGCAUAGAUGUCGAUGAGUGUUCGACGCAGAGAGGCUUGUGUCGAAACGGGCAGUGUGUGAACACUGUGGGCACCUUCCUCUGUGUGUGCCACGAUGGCUAUGAGCUCACUUUGGAUGGCAGAAUGUGUGCAGAUGUUAAUGAGUGUGCAGUGAAUCCAGGCACAUGUGGUGCAGGAACUUGUCUGAAUCUGGAUGGCUCUUACAGGUGUAUCUGCCCACCUGGCUACUAUGUCCACGAGGAAACCUGUGAAGAUAUUGAUGAGUGCUCCCAGUUGCCUGAGAUCUGUGCGCUUGGAACCUGCUCCAACACAGAAGGAAGCUUCACCUGCUUGUGUCCCGAAGGUUUCCAGAUCUCUGCCUCCGGACGCAGAUGUUUAGAUGUGCGUGUGAACUACUGCUACACCAGGUUUGAGAAUGGGCGCUGUCUGGCUCCAAAGCCUCAGAACACUUCCAAGGCAGAGUGCUGCUGUACUGGGAUGCCUGGUCAAGGCUGGGGAGACCCCUGUGAAAUCUGCCCCACCAAGGGAGAGGAGGCUUAUCCUACUCUCUGUCCUACUAUUGGAUAUACACGGGGGGAUGAUGACGGCCCGAAAGAUAUUGAUGAAUGUCUCAAUGACCCUUGCGUCAAUGGCCAGUGCAUCAACAUAGAUGGCUCUUUCCGCUGUGAAUGUCCCAUGGGAUAUCGUCUGGACGUUAGUGGAAUCAAGUGUGAAGACACUAAUGAGUGUGAAAUUGGCAAUCCCUGCGGCAACGGCACAUGCACUAAUGUCAUCGGUGGCUUUGAGUGUGCGUGUGAUGACGGCUUUGAGCCUGGGCCAAUGAUGACCUGUGAAGACAUCAACGAGUGCUCCCAGAAUCCACUACUCUGUGCCUUCCGCUGUGUUAACGUGGUGGGCUCGUACGAGUGUAAAUGUCCCACAGGUUACGUGCUGCGAGAGGACAGGAGGAUGUGUAAAGACCAGAAUGAGUGUGAAGAUGGUGUUGAUGACUGUGCCAGCAGAGGCAUGACCUGCAAGAACCUGAUUGGUACAUACAUGUGCAUCUGUUCCCCUGGAUACACACGGCAGCCCGGCGGGGACGGUUGCAUGGAUCUGAAUGAGUGUACAGCCAAACCAGGUAUCUGUAAGAAUGGCCGUUGUGAGAACACAGUUGGAAGUUACCGCUGCAGAUGUGACCAAGGAUUCGUCGCUAACCCGACACAGACUGAAUGUAUCGAUAAUCGCGAAGGCUUCUGUUUCACUGAAGUUCUGACCACUCUGUGUCAGAUGACUUCGAGUAACAGAAACUUGGUGACCAAGUCGGAGUGUUGCUGUGAUGGAGGUAGAGGCUGGGGCACCAACUGUGAGCUCUGCCCCCUGCCUGGGACCACUCAGUACAAGAAGAUGUGUCCUCUUGGACCUGGUUUCACCACUGACGGCAGAGAUAUUGAUGAGUGUCGUGUGAUGGGCAACUUGUGCAAGAAUGGUCAGUGUAUCAACACUUUGGGCUCCUACAGCUGCACCUGCAAACCAGGCUACACUAACGACAUCAGUGGCACAUUGUGUGUGGAUGUGGAUGAGUGCAUACAGGCACCGAAGCCAUGUAACUUCAUCUGUAAGAACACAGAGGGAGGCUACCUCUGUUCCUGCCCCCGCGGAUACAUCCUACAAGAAGAUGGAAAGAGCUGCAGAGACUUGGAUGAGUGUUCGACCAAACAGCACAACUGUCAGUUCUUAUGUGUUAACACCAUCGGUGGGUUCACCUGCAAAUGUCCGCCUGGCUUCACCCAGCAUCAUACUGCCUGCAUUGACAACAAUGAAUGUGCAACAGACCCCAAUCUGUGCGGCUCCAACGGUGCCUGCCAGAACACUCCAGGGAGCUUCAACUGCGAGUGCCAGCGGGGAUUCUCAUUAGAUCCCAGUGGACAAGGCUGUGAAGAUAUGGAUGAGUGUGAUGGGAACCACAGGUGUCAGCAUGGCUGUCAGAAUCUGGUGGGUGGAUACAGGUGCAGCUGUCCACAGGGCUACCUACAGCACUACCAGUGGAACCAGUGUGUGGAUGAGAACGAGUGUCUGAACAGCCAGAUCUGCGGGGGAGCGUCAUGCCACAACACCCUGGGGAGCUUCCGCUGUCUCUGCCCCACCGGCUUCGAGCAGGCAGGCGGAGGCUGCACAGAUGUCAACGAGUGCUCCUCCAGCCAGAACCCCUGCAAGUUUGGCUGCUCCAACACGGACGGGGGCUACCUCUGUGCAUGUCCACCUGGAUAUUUCCGUGCAGGACAAGGGCACUGUGUCACAGGUCUGGGCUUUACUAGUGCUGGCUCCAGUGGUGGACAGGGAGGUGAGGUGGAUGAUAACUCUCUGUCUCCUGAGGCCUGCUAUGAGUGUAAGAUCAACGGCUAUCCCAAAAAGGGACGCAAACGUCGCAGCACCAACUCGACACAGGAGGAUCCUGUGGAAGAUGUGCAGCUGACUGAGGACAAGGUCAGCCUGGCCAGCGUGGACAUCGAGGACACCCUGCAGUUCCACCUGAACAUCAGCGACCUGAGCAGCCGUGACCACAUCCUUGAGUUCACCCCAGCCUUAUCCACCCUCAGCGACCACGUGCGGUACAACAUCGACUAUGGAAACGAUGACGGCUACUUCAAGAUCAACCAGAGAGAGGGUGUCAGCUAUCUGCAUCUGAGCAAGAAGAAGGCCCUCCCCCCAGGGGCAUACUACCUUCAGAUCAGCAGCAUGCCCCUCUACAGGAAGAAGGAGCUGGCUGAGCUGGAGGACCGACACGAUAAAGACUACCUCACAGGACAGCUGGGAGAGAUACUGAAGCUGAGGGUGCAGAUCAUCCUCCAUUAACCAUCACAAGACUGAGACAGGCAGAUGUUGCCGACGGCUGCUAAUCCAGUGUCAGGCUCACACUUCCCAAAAAGGCCAAACAUCUCUGACUCUGGAUCAGCGGUUCAGGGGCAACUUCUACUUGCUCCGACAGGGAGAAGGGCUCGCCACCAAAGAGACAAGAAGGGGGUGGGGUGGGGGGGGACUGCGUCAUUUGAAUGCCAAAGAUGAUUCUACAUAUCAUAGAUACAAUUUCUGUAGAAAAUGCCAGCUGAGUGAGGCAGUAUGAAAGUCAAAUGAAGGACAUAUUGCCCUGACACAACUUCAGCUCUUUGUGUAAAGCACUAUUGAGAGUGUGAAUGGUUUUUAAUUGUAGGGUUUAAUGUUGUAUGAUGAUAUGUGGAAUCAGGUGCCACUUUGAAGGGCAUGAGGACUGCAGAAAGCUCUAAAGGCAGAGUUUUUUAGAACUCAUCUUAGGUGGAAGAAAAGGGUGAGUCCCAAUAGUCUGCAAUAAAUUCAUUUCCUCCCCUCAGGUAAAUGACUGAACAAACCUGGAUACAUUAACGUAAACACACUUUUCCUUCCCCAGAUAUUAAUUUAAUGGAGUGAAGAUGACAAAAAGAUUAUUAGAGAAUGUUUAGGAGAGGAAAGGAACCCACUAUGGACUAUUGAGAUGUAGCCAUGUCUGAGCUUGAAUGACUCCUACUGCAUAUUUAAACUAUGCUUUUCCAUCUUUCCUACUGACUAGAAUAAUUCAUAUUUACUGGUGCUAGCAACACAUCCACAUAGACUUCUGAAUGCACUGUACUACUAUUCAAAACUCAGUAGUCGACAAGAUACAAUCCCCUUGGUCAUUCUGAAGAUUUCAUGUCUUUGCAACAGUAACAGCUAGCUUCAUAGCCUGUCUGCUCUCCUCUAUACUACAUGUAAAUUGUGUUUAUACUGUAAUAAUCGAUGCCACUUUUAAUCUAUGAAGCAUUUGUAAACUAGAGGAAGCCCCUGGAAUAGAGGGGUUUGUAAUGGUGCUUAUAAUGACCAACUACUUCCUUUGUAAACUGUGUAUACAUACACUCGCACACACCUGCACACACAUACAAACACACACAACACAUUGAUGAUGCCAAACCUGGGCCUUCAUGAUUAUGCACUGAGGUCUUCGUGGCCACACAUUCUCUCACAAAUACAAUCAGUGCUGCAUUGCCACGGACCAGCCUGACACCAGUCUGUGUUCUCUGUUCACAUCAGUGAGGGUUUAGUUGUAAAUUCACAAUAAAAACAUAUUUUUGGUGUAUAUGUAUUCACUGCUGUGCUUUCCCCUUUAUCCAGAUUGAAUGUAACAAAGUUCAACGGACAGCUGUGAGCUUCAUGUUUGAAAUCCCCUUUUCUUCAGCUGUGUUUAACCCAAGUGAGGUGCAACAUGAUCUGAAUGUUUUAGCUAGUGAAACUCACAUUAAUCCAAAGGAACCUCAGUUAUGUAGCUGAGUAU